AUGAAGAACUUCCUGGGUCUCGAGGUGGAUCCUGGGGUCCAGCAAGCCCUGCCCCUCCUGCCUUGCUGCAGGGCUGUGUUUGGAGCUGUUCUUCCAGGCCAGCUGCUAGUCCCACCCAGUGCUAGUCCCCUGACCUCUCUGUUCACAGAACUCAGUGGUGUGAGGAGCAGCUGGGAAGACACGUACUUGGGGAGUCUAACUCCAUGGAAUCAAACUUCAAGCACUGACUUCAUCCUUGUGGGUCUCUUCAUGGACACCAAGCAUGCCGCUUUGCUCUACACCAUGAUCUUCAUAUUCUUCUUGCUGGCCCUGGCCAGCAGUGCCCUCCUCAUUGCCCUGAUCUACUUGGACCUCCACCUCCACACGCCCAUGUACUUCCUCCUCAGCCAGCUGUCACUCAUGGACCUCCUAUACAUAUCCAUCACAGUGCCAGAGAUGCUUGUGGGCCAAGUCAAUGGAGAUCACACAAUUUCCCCCUUGGGCUAUGGGAUCCAGAUGUUCUUCCACCUGACCCUGGCUGGGGCUGAGUCCUUCUUCCUAGGAGUGAUGGCCUAUGACGGAUACGCUGCCAUUUGCAGACCUCUCCACUACCCACUACUGAUGAGCCCAAGGGUGUGCCGACUGCUGGCAGACAGGUCCUGGUGUGUGAGGAUACUGGAUGCCCUGCUGAUCGCCCUCAUUACCCUGAGCUUCCCCUACUGUCAGUCCAGGAGAAUCCUGAGCUUCUUCUGUGAAGCCCCCACCCUGCUCAAGCUCUCCUGCUCCGACAUCUUCCUCUACAGCUUGCUCAUGUACCUGUGCUGUGUGCUCAUGAUCCUGGUCCCCAUCCUGGCCAUUUUGGGCUCCUACACCCUGAUCCUGUGCCUCAUCCAAAGGACAAACUCAGCCAAGGGCCACAGCAAGGCCUUUGCCAUUUCCUCACACAUAAUCAUGGGGGUGCUAUUCUAUGGAGCCACCCUCUAUGCCUACAUCCUUCCCAGCCCCUACCACACAGCCCGGCAGGUCACGAUGGGGUCUGCCUUGUAUACCAUCAUUACGCCAGUGCUGAACCCUCUCAUCUACAGCCUGCAGAACAAGGAUGUCGCAGGGGCCCUGAGGAGCAUGGUUCAGUCAAGAGCAAGCCUCAGGAGUGCUGCAAGAGGGAAAGCUGGGGAAUGA